AGCAGUAAGCAGUGCUGAACGUCGUCGUCGUUUCUCAGUGUCGCCGCGGCGAUCGUGCCAGACGGUUCGUUUGAGAGUUCGUUCUCAUGGCGCACAGCGCUUCGCGUCGAUUCUUUUUAUCCCGUUUCGAACUUGUCAAUUCGUUUACGGUGUAAAUAUAACUUAUUGGAUUAAAUGCACUUACCGAUAGACGUGCCUGAAGGAUCGUCGACCUUGUGGGGGGCCUCGAACAGCUGCAGGGACAAACGUUGUCGUUGUCGUUGUCGUUCACAGAAGCACUUGUGUAGAAGACACUGUUUUGAAGCAGCAAGGAUACCACCAACGUUCGAUGAUCUGACAACAAACACGACCUUAUCGGUAAACUUUCUCACUUCUAAAUGUGUACUAUCGCGAAAUGUAUUGUGAUUGAAACGCGAGUGAACGAAUUAACGUCGAACCCGGUGACGCGAGUUUGUAAAGUGUGACGUAGAACGCCACGCGCAGCAGCAGCGCCACUUCAGGCAAUAUUUCGAAUUCCGCGCUACGUACCGGUGUCUCGUGGACAAGUUCGUUACGGUGCUUCUUUUUUCGGUGAAAAAUCGUGGUUAUUUGGUGUUCGUGGUCGUGGGGCACACGGUGGGUGGCAUAUUAUAGCGUGUCUCGAGUCGCGUUUGCACAAGUGGAGCUUACCUUGCUGAACACGUGGAUGCAUGUCGUCCUCUUGUCGAUGCCGUGCUUCUGACUGGCAGACCUGUCUGCACGAAAAUUCCAGGUGCAGAAGAAAAUGCGCGUGAGGUCAAGGUGACGGCAGAGCAUGGAGAGCAUGCAAGAUAGCGGCGGGCUAAGGGUCGAUGGCUCGAAAGGAAGUGUCGCGCCUGGUUUACCCAGCUCGAAAACGGUGAAUCAGUUGAAAAUAGAGGAAGGUAAUGAUGAAAGUGGCAAGCUGUUAAACGACAGUAAACAGGAGAUGGAUCCUUACAAGGAACUGGAACUGUACCUCGCCAAAGUAAAUGAAGAGAUCGGUGAAAUCAUCGAGUCAGCGCCGACUACUCCACUGCUCAUUACCGACGAGCCAAAGUACCCGUCGCAGCCGGCUACGAGGCCGGCUGAAAAACAAACGAACGAGGUGCACGGUGGCGUAAAGUCAUUACCGGUGAAAAGUUGUCUGCUCAGACGGCAAAAUUCCGUUGGCAGAGGGUGCAACGGUGUCGAGGACAUAGGCGAUUGGUCGAACAGCAUCCUGGCCGAGUUCAACACGUUGAUCGCGAACGAGAUCAACGAGUUGACGAAAGAGCUCGAGCGGAACCGAAAGAAGGAACCGGCAAGGAUAGUGAAGUACAAGGAGCUGCUGAACGAGUUCGGUAUAUCGGGCAGCGAGAGUUCCAUUGGAAGCUCGUGCGGGUUAUCGACCGAUCGAUCAUCGUCUCGUCGAAACAGGGAGACACACCGCGAUCGACGAAAUGGAAAGUUGUUCACCGACGAGACAGUCCAUCGUUUCCUCUUGAAUUCCGAUUACGACGAGCCUCAAGAUCGGGUCGUCUCCCCGGAAAACAGUCGGAGAAAGAGCGGAAGCCUGCCGGACAACCUGCAGGACAUCGUAACGAAUCGCGAACGAUAUCCUCGUGGCGAUGAGUUGAAUUCUGAUUACGACGAGCCCAGUAAUUCUUCGUCGAUGAAUUUCAUGGAGUGUCACGGGCAAAUCGAUCGAAACUCUUCUAGUCUACCGUCGAAGUUGGAUCGUGAUCAUUCGCGGUCCGACUACCUCGAAAACAGUUACGAAGAACCAAAGAAACGCGUAGAGAUAAGUUCGAAGACCAAUGAUACCGGUGACAAACGGUCAUCUCAGAUCGGUCCGAUCAGCAUCGUCAUCGAUACCGAUAAAACGAUCGAUGGAUCGAACGCUAAAUUACCACCCAGACAACGUUUGGACGCGCACAGGAAGACUAGUCUUCCGUUGAACCUGAUGAGCCAGAAACGAAGGAGGACACCUAGGUUGGCCAGAAUUCGACGCAACGACGAUCAGAUGGAUGACGAGCUUGACGAAGAGAAAAGAUUCUUGGAUGCUAACGGAGCAAAAUCAGCACCGGUCACUCCAACCGAGGAAAAGAAAUCCCCAUUUUCCAAACUGUUAUGGAAGAAACACGCGCCAGUGUUUCGCGAGAAUGUCGAUGAUGUUGUGCUCGUUAGAGUGUCCUCGUUACCGGAUCAAGACUUUCUUCAGUUGGAGAACGAAACAUCGAGGGAUGCGAAAAAUGGCAGGGUCGGUUCGAAGGAGAGAUUAUCGAAGAAGAGGGCCGUUUCUCCUUUGACCUUGCGUUCGGAUGUGUCGGCUAAGAGGUUAUCUGAAUCUGAUAAGGAUGUGAGACAGAUCAGUCCAGUGGAUCUAAAAAAAUUCUCGCUUUCGAGAUCCAGAGGGAAUGAUGUGGGUGUUAGCUGCGAUUUACCUCAAGAUGACAAUCCUGGAUCCAUUGGUAGUGUCGAUAGUGGAAAAUUUGAGAAGAUGGAAAACGGGGAUGCGAAGAAGAUAAUGGACGAACAGAACUCUAGAUCCGGUUCGUAUUCUAAUUUUCAGCUACCAAUUUCUCUUCAGUCUCUGCUAUCGAAGAUUCGAAACGGUUCUGGCUCGUGUUGCCCGAACAGUCCACCGAUGGAUUCGUUGACUUGUUCAGACAUGGCUACGCAAACUUCCCCGGCUAUUUCAAGAAGUUCCAGCUUCACGUGGGUCAGCGAUUGUGAUUCUCCUCGAGCGGAAUCGCAAAUGGAUUCGCGGUCGUUGCAAGACGAGAGCACGUUGGACCCUGCAUCCCCGCAAGACACAGUGGACGAUGACAAUAGAUCCUCAUCGUCGUCGCAAGAUCUUCUUCAGAGCAUGGACGAGAUUUCCUCCGGAAGCCUGUCGCCGGAUGCAAUCGACCGAGCAUCUCCGCUCGAGAGCGGUAUCGGCACCGCCAGUCCUCCUCGAAGUACAGACCGACGGAUAGUUAAGCCCCCGUCGUCGAGCAAAUGCCACCGCAAGGAAACCUGGGAGAGGAUCCGGCGACGUCCGUCGAAAUUGAACUCGCGAAACGACAAACACUCUCAAGACGUGUGGAUCAAACGGGAGAGUGUGCACACCCAGACGAAGGAGAACGAGGACCAAUAUUCUCAGGAUGCGGUGGACAGCAGCAGCGGUCUCGACGACACCCUGCCGAGGAUCAAACCUCUUCGACCGACGAAUUUUCCUCUCUGUCUGUCCACCACCGCGAGCAGUUCUUUAAGUUCUGGAGAACUGUUGGAAACUCCUCCACGUGCACCUUCUUCGCCCUCGGCGGCGAGUCUUCAGCUGAAACCAGAACCCCUCAACGGCGAGAUGGGCGGAAAGAGCAGCAGCGCACCGUUGUUGGAGAAUAACGACGGGGAGAAGGCGAACGGGAAAGUACCGAAUUUGCAGCAGCCACGCUCGCAGUCGGAACGCCAGCUAUCUGAAAUCGAAGCGCAAGAGGCCUGCGAAUGGCUGAGGGCUGCCGGCUUCCCGCAGUACGCGCAGAUGUACAAGGAUUACAAAUUUCCAAUAGAUGUUUCCAGCGUAACCAAUGAUCACCCCUUCCUCGAAGCUGAUUCCCUGCAGAGUCUAUUCAGAAGAUUGCACGCCCUUAACCGGUGUGCUAAUAUGAAAAUUGACACUCAUCACACUCACAGUACCAGUCACAACAAAAGCGGUGGCGGAGACGAUUCGGACGAGGAUAACCAGUGCGCCCUAAGCGAGAAUUGGACGUUCGAGAAGAAAACCAGACGCUGGUCCCGCGUGUGCGAGGUGACGCAAGCGAACGUCGAGAGGCUGCAGACGAUCGCCGGUCAGAACGUGCAAUCCGAAGAGGACUCGCUGGAAGAUCGGCUGGAAGCCGAGGAAGCGGAGGACACGAUGUUGGACACUCUGAGAUACAGCAGCUUACCACCUGGCACGCUUCCCGAUGAGAUCGGUCCAAGAUUUCGAAGAACCGGCUCCGAGAGGCUGAGGGACGGCGCGAAAGCUUUCCUCAGGCGAGUCGAGUCGCUCAAGUCCCGACGGCGAAAGCACCAGAACCGCGACGGCAUCGUCAUCAGCGGUCCGCAGGUUUUGGACAUGAUGUCGAUGCAACAGAAGAUGAAGGAGUUGAACUGCGUGGACGUGUCGCCAACGGGACCAGCGCCGGUGUCCUUCAACGAUAUCCUCUCAGGAUCGCCGCUUCACGUGCCAGGAUCACCCGUAACCCUGCCAGCCUCUCCUUAUCAUCUUCCACCCUCGCCGCUUACGAACGCACCGAGUCCGUUCGGCGACGAUUCCUCGAGUUACUGCUCGGAUGGCUCGCAAGGAGGUGGGCCGACGCCUACGCCGACGCGUACGAAGAUGAAUCGCGCCAAAAGGUUCCUGCAUCGUGGCCGAGAGGACCAGGGUGCGCUCAGCGACUCCGAGUGCCAGCCUACCAGUUGGAGGCACAGGUACUUCAGAGACGCGAACUGUAAUCAUGCCAAGGUGUUGGAGUACGUGACAGCCCAUCCCCAAAGUCCAAAGGACUCGCCCACCAAGACCGCUUCCAUAAACAGUCGAGGUGGUAGCCUGAACCUUGGCAAGGAUUCGCAGAGGUAUAGGGACAAGUUGACGCAGAGUCAGGAGAGGUACAAGGAGGACAAGGUAGCCGCGUUGAAGAGGGAGGACAAGAUGCACAAGAGUUUCAGGCAUCGCGACGACUCGUACAGAGACGGCAAACCCUUGUCCAAAGAGGUGGCAGUCUACAGAGAAAAGUCCAGGUCGAGGAGUUCCGAACUGGCUGGAAGUCAGGAGAGUAGUUCCACGGUGGCCAGCCGUGAUUCGGACCAGGAAGAGGAUUCCCCGAGACACAAAGGUACCGUUGUCAGGUGGCACAGCUUUCAGAGAGGAUCUCUGUAUCCUGAACCCUUGGAUCCUCUUUGUCCACGAGCAAUGGCCUCCAUGUCCUGCGGGCAACUCUUAGUCCUGAGGAAAUUGGCGUUGCUGAAGUUGACCGCCUCCAUGGAACGAUACUGUCCGACUCACCGUACGGGAUGGAACUGGGAGUUACCGAAAUUCAUCAGGAAGAUAAAGACUCCUGAUUACAAAGACAAAACGGUGUUCGGUGUGCCGUUGCUGUUGUCCCUGCAGCGAACCGGACAGGCCUUACCAAAGUGUAUUCAAAUCGCUCUAAGAUGGCUGAGAGCUAACGCCCUCGAUCAGGUUGGGAUAUUCAGGAAGAGCGGGGUCAGGUCGAGGAUACAGAAGCUGAAGAUGAUGACGGAGACACUUGGGGACAAUAUCAGUUUCGAUGGCCAGCAAGCGUUUGAUGUAGCUGACCUGGUGAAACAGUACUUCAGGGAGCUACCGGAAGCUCUGUUGACGAACAAGCUGUCCGAGACGUUCAUAGCCAUUUUCCAACAUGUACCUGUUGAUCAGCGACCGGACGCUGUGCAAUGCGUGUUGCUGCUGCUGCCGGACGAGCAUCGCGAGGCGUUGGAAACUCUGCUCGAUUUCUUGAACCACGUAGCGAGCAACUCUCCCUACAACCAAAUGACAGCCUCGAACCUGGCCGUGUGCCUGGCACCGAGCCUGUUCCACUUCAACCACAGCAACACGAACGUGACCAACAGGUCGAGCAGCGUAUCGCCACGUAGGAGAAAGACCGUGGGCAUUCCCGAUCAGAGGGAACUGUCGGAAAACAAAGCCGCUCACGACUGUCUUCUGUAUCUGGUCAAGAUGCAUCGUGAAUUAUUCAUGGUCUCCUCGGAUAUGUUGACGCAGUGUCAUUUCAAUUACAUGGAGGAAAGCGUACCGGUCGCCCUGGAGGAGCUGGGGUCCGAACUGAAGCAGGAUUGGAGGGGAUAUCUUUAUGCCUGCACCACUGCCUUGCUGAAGGAGGCUCGUGAAAAAAGCCGAGGAUGGGUGACUGUUAACAAUCCAGCGGACAGUUCGGUGGAAAUGGCUUACAAAAAGGUGGGAGACGGACAUCCGCUUCGAUUAUGGCGAGUAUCGACGGAAGUGGAAGCUCCGCCAAACGAGCUUCUUCAUCGUGUUCUGAGGGAAAGACAUAUUUGGGAUCCUCAACUUCUGAAAUACAGAUUGGUUGCUAAGCUGGACACCAACGUGGAGGUCUUCCAGUACGCCACUGGAAAUAUGAGUCCUCUUCCUGCCAGGGAUUAUUGUGUGCUAAGAUCCUGGCGUAACGAUCUCUCGAAAGGAGCUUGCGUCAUCGUAGAAACGUCCGUGGAACAUCCGGAUGCUCCUGUCAUGCUUGGCGGAACACGUGGCAUUGUUUUGGCCUCGCGGUAUCUUAUCGAACCAUGCGGCAGUGGUAAAUCAAGGAUCAUGCAUCUUUCCCGAGUGGAUACAAAGGGACGCACUCCAGAAUGGUACAACAAGAGUUACGGCCACUUAGCCGCCUUGCAUCUCAGUAAAAUCCGCAACUCUUUCAAGCACACAACCGAUGGCCCCGAGAGUAAAGUCUGAGAGGAAGCAACCGUGCACCGAUCGCCGGUGCACGGUUCCCAAACGAUGUCGAAAAUCCAGGAUGAUCAACAGCAGGAGCACAAAGUCGUGAAGGAUACGCUACAAGUUCAGCCUAUCAUUGACGAGGAAUAGAUCAGAUCCGAUAUUGCGUCCGCUUCGUUAAUACCAUGACCAGAAUAUUUUUUUUUUUUUUUUUUUUUCUUUUGAAGGAUGCUGGAAAUUUGAAGAUGAACCCCAUCGCGUGUUUCUCCAGUCGAGAGGAACGAUACCGUGCACGAGCUUUAAUCGAUGUAAAGCAAUUUUUGUUGAAGCCUGAGAUGUUUAGCGUAGUCAAAUUCGUUAGAUGACAGGAGAGAUGAAAGGGUUUAUUGUUACCGUAAUUCUAGAUGAAAAUUCUCUGUGUAACGCUUUAUAUUGUCCAAGGAUCUUGCCGUCCAGUGAUUUGAAGAGUCGUUCAAUAGGCAGGACACCGAAUCGAAAUACGACCAUGGCUAGUACGUGUUUUUAUCCGUGUAGCUAAACGCGUUAUUUUUCCAAUAUCCAUGUUGUUGUUCACAGCAAUGUUUCUUUUCGAUGAUAACAUAUAGACGAUUAUCUGUGAGCAUCGCGAAAUGCCUUUCGAUGGUAGAUAGUGAUUUUAGCCAACCGUGUGUCCGAUUAACGCGUUGGUCAAAACGUACAUAAAUAUUUUUCGAUCUUAGUCGAAAAUACAUUGCAGUCUGUGUAUUUAUUGCACGAUGUGUUUUACAAUCUCACCGAAAUGAUGAGCCGAGUUACGUGAAUGAAGUCGCGCACAAUAUUAACUCUUCACACCGUUCUAGCACUUAAGAGGCCCCGAUUUUUCUAUGUUUCUUUCGGACCAAAUGCCAAUUUUUCUAUUGUACCAUAUCGCACCGCCGAGACGGUUGUUUUAGAGAGGGAUUCUUUUCUAAAUGUCGCAAACAGACUGUGUAAAAUAUCGUAACGAUACGCGUUAUACGUGCAUCUAUGUAUUUUUAAAAGCUGACAGACGACACGUGUCGUCGAAUUGCAUUUUAAUCGUCGUAAUCGUGCCCCUAAUCCCUUAACCUCGCGAUUAACCUAAUUAAUCGAGCAAUGCGAAAGGAUUUUGAAUAAACGUGUAAGUUUCCCCUCCCCGCUCGAGCUGGGUACGAUGUUAGCUCGUUAGUUAAAGCAUAUCGUCAUUGUCCGUCGUAUCGAUGUUGAAACGUUGAAAUUGUCAUAGAGUCUAUUGUUAAUUGUCUCUCUGAAAUUAUACGUGUCAAUGGAGUCGGUGGUUCGUGGAAUUUUUUCUUUAACGUUCGUGCAUGCAUCGCGAUUAAACAUAGGGACCACCUUCGUUCGGACCCCACCCUCCUCCAAAAAAAGAAAAAGAAAAAAAAAAUGAAAAUGAAACAGGAAAUGACCUGGAGAAAUAAUACACCUCAUCGAAUCGAAUUAUAAGUGUAUUUUAACAUAAUACUAGUCACUUACAAUUUAGAUGACGUUACGGAUAUCAUAUAAGUGUAUAGAUUUUUAUUCUACGAAGGUUACGUCGAGAAUAUUUAAUUAUUAUUAUUAUAUUAUUAUUAUUAUUGACAUAAAGUAAUUAUAUGGAGAAGAAAUUAUAUGAUAUUUUUGUGUCCAAAAAACGCCAGUAGGAGCACCCGAAUGAGAGAGAGGGAGAGAACGCGUCUGAAUGUAUCUUCGUUAUUUGUAACAGACAUAUGAUCGUCUUUAUUCUUGUAAUCCGUGUUUCACUAGAAUGUAAAUAUGUAUAUUGUACAACAAUGAAACACGAUUAUAUACUCAUUAAACGAGAUCGUUUUAUUUUGUCUACCAUGCA